GACAAACAUUUCGUCGAAGACAUUUGUUCACAGAAGACCAGAAAGGUAACAGAAAAUAGACAUACUCCGCUAGAAAACGGGGAGAAAUUCAGAGAGGAACACACUACGGAUGUGUUUGUGCAUUUUUAUUAACUUGAUUCAGACUUCAGCCUCUCCGCUUGCCAUAAAUCCAUCUCUGCAGCCUUGCCCUCAGCAGCAUGGACUACUGCACGCCUCAGCCUUCGCGUCGUCACAACCCCGUGGACAGCAUCUGCCGCAAGCUGCAGACCAUCCAGUGGCGCGGUGAUCGAGAACCCAACUCACCAUUCCAGAUCCCCAAACUCUCCUCGAGCAGCUACGACAGCCCACAGUGUGGCCUCAGGCACAACCUGGAGGCCAUCCUGAAGAAAGGGGCUCUCCACAGGGACGAGGGGGAGAGGGGGAAGGUGAGGGAGAAGGGAAAAGGGAGAGGAAUGGGGAUGCCGAGCUCUGCAGCUUCCCAGAGAAGCAACCUGGGCCCCUGUGUUCCUCUGUCCAGCCCUUCCACACCUUCAUGCAACCCUCCCACGCCAGCUAACAUCACCUACACUAUCACUAGCACUCUGGGAGAGAGGAGAGGUGCUGAUGGGAGCGAUUUAAGACAAGUUCAGACAUGGCAGAGGUAUAGUUCGACACCCUCAGGCCAACCCAAGGACUCCCCUUACUUUACGUUCACACAAGGACCUAACUCGGUGCAGCCUGAGAGGCCAAGCAAGAGCCCACCUUUGUCUCGAACCUUCACCAAAAGUAACAGUACCCUUUCCUACAACCUCAAUUUCUGCUCUGCAGACACGAUGAACUCGACCGAUUGCGAGCUGCCCUACCCGGCUCUGGUUGUGAAAAGACUGUCCAUGGGAGACGGAGGACCUUCAGCUGCUUCUGAAACCAGGAAGGAGACGAUGACAGAAAUCAGCCUGAUCUGUGAGGAGAAUCUGCUUGAUACCAUCUUUCAUGCCUGUGACACCCAGCGCAGAGGUAAAGUGUACGUUUCUCAUAUCGUGGAUUAUCUGCGACACACGACCAGUCGCAGCUCAGAAGACAGCGGAUUGGAGGAACUCUGCAACAUGCUGGACCCAGAACACAAAGACGUUUCCAUUGACCUGGACACGUACCAUGCUGUCAUGAAGGAGUGGAUCGACGACUGCCGCAACAACGGGGAAGAGCCGGGAGACGACGUCACUCAGGACUCAGUGAAGUUCAGAGACAGCCUGUCUGCCAAGAGGUCGAUGCUGUUUAAUAUGACGUCUGGAAGCUUGGAGGCCUUUGGAGGGGAGGCGUCCAGAGCAGAAUUUGAAACAUCAGAGCUGGUGUACUGUGUUGCCGACCUCCAGAUGAGCAACCAGAAACUCCAAGAGGAGGUGAGGAAGCUGAAGCAGGUAGUGGAGGGGAUGGAGGAGAGCAACCAGAAGCUAGCGGAGGAAAAUGAGGAGCUACAUGUUCAGGCCAGAGUUAACCAGCAGCUUGCACAGAAGGAAAAGAUGCUGAAGGAGGAGGUGGAGGAGAUGAAAGCGACUCUGAGCUGCACAGAGGAAGGCAGAGCUCGAGCCUCCGCACACAGCAAACAUGUGGAGAGGGAAAACCAGAGUCUCAUUGCCAAGAUUGCUUCUCUUCAGGAAGAGAACUUCAAGGUCACCAUGGAGACGGACGAGCUUCAGAAGAGAAUAACUGAGCUGUGUGACAUUAACGCUGACCUUCAGGUGCAGAUUCACUCUUUUGAUGCCGUCAUUAGUGAAAAGGAAGCUGCAAUACUAGAGAAGAGCCGACAUAUAGACGAGCUGAAAGCGGCAGUCGAAGAAUACGCCUCCAUCAUAGAGCUGCUGAGGGUGGACAAGAGCAAACUAGAGAACCAGAUGCAGAUGAUUCUCCCAGACCUGGCUGGGGCGAGUCUGUCUUUGUCGGUGGCUUACAGGAUGAACCAGAGCAGUUCAGGAUCCCUACAAACAGAACUGGCUCUGGCACAGUCACCACUGGAGACUCCCCAUGGAGUCGACCAUUUAUGCACUACGAUGAGCUACGCCUCCCCGCUGGACGAGACUCUGGACAGAGAAGUUCUGCUGAUGCUACAGGGACCGACUCCUGAACACAUGGCUCUGGAGUUCAAGAACCUCUUAAAUAAAAUGAAAAUGGAUUUCAGAGAAGAAACCAACUCUGUCUUAUCUACAGUUAGAGACUUGUUUGAUGACCACAAGGAGCCGGGAGGCAACAUGGACUCAAGUCUUCAGACGGUGCAGGCCGAGCUGGACUCGAGGAGGGCGGACUGGGUCCUCAGCCUGGACCAGCUGGCCCAGUACACGGACUCACUGGAGAAGGAGCUGAUCAAAAUGGCCAGUAACAUGAGGAGGUCACGCACCGAGAUCCUCCACCUUUCAGUCAGGGUGCAGGAGCAGGAGAACCAGAAGCGGCAGCUGUGCGAGGAGCUGGAGCAGCUAAAGACGCCUCAGGACAGCCGAGAGGCCUCAUGCCAGACUCCUGCACCAGAAGAUGAGCCUGGAGAUGACUUGGACUGGGAUGAGGAGUUUGCCCUCCAAGACUUUCUGAAGAACGAGCUGGCAGAGAGAAACUGCAGGGACGAACGAAGAGACAGUCGGCCCCAAGAAACGGCAGAUAAGCUAACGGACAGAGGCGGCGAAGAGGACGACGGGGAGGAGAGGUGGACGGUGGUGGAUACAGCAGGUGAAGGAGAAGUGAGGGACACAUCGACUCCUCUGGCUGCCCUCUCGGUGGAGGCCCAGUCUAGUCAGGAAACAGUCAGAGAACGUCGAGACUCUGAAGCCUGCACAGAGCCAGAGGUGACCUGUCAGCAGCUGCAGGAAGAGGCAGCGGUGCCAUUGAGCGCCCACUCACAAGCUGUCAGCAUUAGACAGCCCGAGGCGGAUGCUCUCCCUGAUCUGUCCCACUCAGAGAACAACACAGGUGCAGAGGUUUGUGAGGGUGCAGAGUCUCAGUCCGGUGGUCCGACCCAAACUCUGAGCAUAGAGCCUAACCAGGAUCAAACCAUCACACUUGCUAACACCCCUCUCGCAGAAAGCGAAAUGGUUUCUCCCAACAGCACAUCACCUGGACCGGAGGAGACCAUUACACAGAGUGAGAGCAGCCAGCCGAGCGUCGAGGUCCACAGGGAAGAAGAGAAGAAAGGAGACGACGGGGACUCGAGUGCAGGCGAUAUGAGGCGCUCUAAGAGCUUAAGCCAGGACCAUUCGGCAGACAGAUCAGCAGCUGAGGACAGCACGAGUCUGCUGCCUGUGCUGGUGGAAGAGGAGGAAAGCGUGCAGGACGGUGCAGCUGCAGUCAGCAUGGCCGGGCUCACCAGCAGUGGGCCGACCACCCUCUCAGACAGCAGCUCAGGAUUCGUGCAGGCCAACCAAUUGGGAGGCAACGUGGGCGGCGUGACCUCCGACCCCAAACAUUCGGAGGUUAGCGAAGCCAAAAAGGAGUCCCUCCUUCGUGUCAAAAAUAAGAGGGAACUGGAGUUGUCGCGCAGCAUGGAGGCCAUCGAGGAGCACAAGGUUCAGGAGGACCAAAGUGAAACCAGCAAGGCCAGUGAGAAGGAAUCUGAGAUGUCGGUCAUCUCUGACAAUGGCGACAACUUAAAGGAGGAUAGAAACAGCCUUUCACCCAGUGACAAGGAAAUUGAGGCGGAGUUCCAGCGUCUGGCUCUGGGGUUCAAGUGCGACAUGUUCACUCUGGAAAAGAGGCUCCGACUGGAGGAAAGAUCACGAGACCUAGCUGAGGAGAACGUUCGCAGAGAAGUGUCCAGCUGUCAGGGAUUACUGCAGGCUCUGAUUCCUCUGUGUGAGGACGACAACCAAUCCAUGGAGAUCAUCCAGAGGCUCCAGAAGAACCUGGAUAUUCUCAUCCAGUCCAUGACCAGAGUGUCCAGUCGCUCUGAGAUGCUGGGAGCUAUUCACCAGGAGAGUCGAAUCGGGAAAGCGGUGGAGGUGAUGAUCCAACAUGUGGAGAACCUGAGGAGGAUGUACACCAAAGAACACGCCGAGCUUCUGGAGCUGAGAGAGACACUGAUGCAGAACGAGAGGUCAUUUGGAUCUCAAACAGAAAGAGAUGAUUUCCGUGGUAAGAAACAGUCAUCACAGUACUACAAGUCAACAUCCCGGCGGGUCAGCAUAGCAGCAAUUCCUCGUGGAGGCAACAUGCACUUUGACAUGUCUAAAACACAAGACGGCUCAGAGGCUGAAACAGAGAGGCUGACCAGGCGAUCCCCGUGGACGGCCUGCAACAACACAGACUGCCAGUCGGAGGACGAGCAGAAGGAGGAGUCAGAGGCAGAGAGGAGGAGGUCCAGUCUCAGUGAGCUGGGCAGCAAACUCACCUCCCUCAUUCUGCCCCUUAAGACCCCGAGCCCUUCGUCCAGCCCCACGUCCACAGACCCAGGAAUGGCUCAGUCUCUGUCCCACAGUCUGACCAGCUCUCGGGCAGCGGCGGCAGCAGCAGUGGCCAGAGGAGGCAGGGGGCUGUGGCUCUGGUUGGCCAUGGUGGUGGUGCUAGCAGCUCUCCUGGCUCUGCUGGCCAGCCUGGUGAUGCAGCCCGCAGUGGAUGCGGCCCCCGUGGGGACGGGGGACUCCUGGAUGACCAUCCAGCAGCUGCUGUGGCCCUACACGGGGCUCCGUCAUAACGGACAGCCCCCCGUCUAGCCCGGUUCCUGCUGGAUGUUCCUCCCGCCCAUUGGCCCUCUGCAGAGAUUUUCUGCACACUGGGGUUAGAAAUGGAAAAGAAAAGUGUGCGACUCCUGAGCAGAGGCUGUUGGGAUGUUUACUGGUGCCUGAAGAUUCCUAAAAUGAGACUUUGCAUUGGCGGCACAGGCCAGGCCUCGGGGGAUCGUUAACCUGACGAAGGAUUUAUGCAUCACAUCACGUUUGCUAAACUAGUUAGUCUGUGUGUAUGCAUGUGUCUGUGUUUACGAGAAGCAGUUACAGGUCACAGCAGCCGCCGUCCUUCACAACGGGCUGCUCAGCUUCACGUUAUGAUGCUGUCAGUGCUGCUGGCAACCUUCUACCUGGAUCAUCGUUCAAAUCAGGGUGGAUCAGACAUCAGAGCAGGCACUAAUCAUGUCACUUAAUAUAAGAAUGAUAGCACUGACAAGUCGUUUCAAUGAGCUGCUCCAACUGUGCCACUCGGCUUUUUAAACACAUUUCAUGGAUCCUGGAGACUGCCAGCCUUUUUAAUGGGAUUUUACAUUCAUUUCCUCAUUGGUUGCAGAGGACAUUUUAUAACUUAAGUCUAUAAACACUGGUAAUAAAACUUUCAUUUUAAGUGUUAAGCGUUUUUGAAAUCUAUAUUUAUGAGUUUGCUAAUUUUGAGUGGGAAGAUGUGAAUGUUUAUUUUUGUUAAGUUAUAAAUCGGCAUUGUUUCAGUCUCAACACCAAAGGGUUGUUUUUGUUUUUUUUUAAAUAGUUUUUCCUCUACAAGUUCUUGCUGUGGUUGUCACCAUUCAACUUCAUACACUUUUGUAUGUCCCAAAGACGAUGCGUGGAUCUUUGCACAAAUAAAGUAGCCAAUUCUACAAGA